AUGGAGUUUCAUGGCGCAAAGAAAUUAAUUAUUACAUAUCUCUUGCUCACUGCUUUGGUGCGAAGUAGUUCGGGAUUUUCGGUAAUGAGUUUGGAUCUGUUUUAUUCGGCCAGUAGUAUUAUAUCCGGAAUUGGAGCUGAAUUGUUGCAAAAUUUUCCAACUGUGUCUCAAUUAUUCUCAGCGUCAAUACAAAUGUUAUUCGGUUUACCGGAACAGGCCUUAUUUAAGGCAAUUAAUCAAUUGUGUUCAAUAUAUGUGGGUUCGGAUAACAUAGAUCCCCGUAUAACACCUAAACUCAAGGAGAUGUACUUUCAACUGAGGACGCCCUGUUCCAACAUAAGCGUACCCUUAAGUGAAGCCCAAAAAUUACUCGAGUAUCCCGAAUUUGAUGCGAAGAAAAGAGUUGUGAUUUUUAUAACAGGAUGGAUGUCUAAUAUUCAUGCCGAUUACAUUGAAGACAUGGCCAGAGCUUUUAAUUGCAGAGGAAAUUACAAUUUUUUGGCAUUAAAUGCUUCAAACUUCAUCCAAACAUUAUACACAUGGUCCGCCUUUAAUACUGAUGCUGUGGGCAUUUUCGUUGGCAAGGGCAUUGCUAAAUUGAGUAAAAAAAUUCCAGCAAAAAAGAUACAUUUGAUUGGUCACAGCUUGGGAGCACAUAUUGCCGGUCGAGCUGGACGACAAUUUCAAAAACUCACUGGGCAAAGUUUGUAUCGUAUAACGGGUUUGGAUCCAGCAAAUCCCUGCUUUAAUGAAGGAGAAACCCUUUCUGGUUUACAUCGUGGCGAUGCCGAUUUCGUUGAUGUCAUACAUUCAAAUCCUGGUGUUUUGGGUAAAGCCCAACCCUUGGGUGAUGUGGAUUUUUAUCCUGACGGUUUGGCACCCAUCAAAACGGGUUGUGUAAUUUUCGGCUGCUCACACAGUCGUGCCUAUGAGUAUUUUAUUGAAACAGUUUUUCCAGGAAAUGAAAAUAAUUUUUUGGCCAAACGUUGUAAUUCAAUGACAAGUUAUAAUGGUGGACAGUGUGACGGCCUCGUGUAUCCAAUGGGUAUUGCAACACCGACGUAUUUAAAGGGUGAUUUCUUUCUAUCGGUAAAUGCGAAAGAUCCUUUUGGAAAGAAUGCCUCACGAAUGGCUGUGGAUAUGACUCAAUAUUUGUGUGGUCGUUGUAGUAAUUAG